UGCCGCUGGAGUCCACCUCUCCUUCGCCAACAUAGGCCCUCAACAAGACCGUGCCAAAGCCCGUAGCAAGUUCAUCAAAGACCGCCUCAAGAAGCUAGUCGACGACGACUAGCACAUUUGAAAACCAAUCACUUGAUGCAUGGCAUCAUUGGCAUUUCACAUUUUUGGAUGGACGGCAGAUUUUCUCCACUGUGAGUUCAAUGCUCUACACCUUGCCCGUCGAAGCUUUGUAAAAGACAAAACGUGACAUAGACAAGAGACAUGGCUUGGUCUUUGGAGACAGAAAAUUAAGAAACUUAAAAAUACAUGGGUCCGAUAUUGAAAAUUUGCAACACUGAAGCGGAUACAAACCUGAUGUGCCCAGAAAACGAAAUGACGUAAACUUGAUGUGAAAGUACAUUUGGUGCCAAAAAGCUAGAAAAUUUUACGAGACGAGAUCGAUGGAGAUACAACCCCAAUCCAGCGCACAGAACGUCGUCGGGGAGACUCCUCUAAAGAUUAUUCAACAACAACAACUAUCCCCAGAAGAGCAGCUGCUAAAACGUCGGCGUCUCACUGGAGACCGACACACCAAGGUCGAAGGCCGCCACAGGCGGGUCCGGAUUCCGAUUACCUGUUGCCCCGGUAUCUUCCGGCUGACCGAGGAGUUGGGACACCGUUCCGACGGCCAGACGAUCCAGUGGCUCCUCAGCCAGGUUCGCCCAGACCUUGUCCUUUCCCCCAUCUCGUCCCUUUCUCGCCCGGGUUACCACGCGGCCUCCGCUGACUCUGUUCCUGGACGUUUUGAUUUACCCAUAUGUACGUCGCGUAUAGACGAAGAUGAUUUGGACCAGAAGGCCGUGGCUCUUCUCCAGAGGCUCACGGUCAGGGCCACGGUGGUUCAGGCUUCAACGGUGUUCUACAAUACCAUUGCUACGUUGGAUAAGGCAGAGAGGCUGAUUGCCGGGGCUGCUGCGUAUGGAUCACAGCUAGUUGUGUUUCCGGAAGCCUUUGUUGGUGGCUAUCCACAUGGGGUGAUGUUUGAGGAUUCUACAGAAACCCAUCUAACCCUGGAAAACAAGGAGUUCCAGAAGUAUUUUGCCUCAGCUAUUGAUGUGCCAGGUCCUGAAGUUGACAGACUUGCCAAAAUAUCGGGUAAAUACAAAGUUCACUUGGUGAUGGGUGUAGUUGAGAGAGUUGGAUGCUCACUCUUUAGUGCUAUUCUGUUUUUCGAUUCCCUGGGCCAUUAUCUUGGAAAACAUCGAAAGCUGAUGCCAAUGGCAUCAGAACGUGCAGUGUGGCGGCCAGGAGAGAAAUCAAUGCUGCCUGUUUAUGAGACUUCAAUUGGAAAAAUAAGUGGGCUUAUCUGCUGGGACAAUAGAAUGCCUUCUCUAAGAACUGAAUUAUAUGAUAAAGGCAUUGAAAUAUAUUGUGCUCCGACAGCAGAAGCAAGGGAGAUAUGGCGGGCAUCAAUGACCCAUAUAGCCCUAGAAGGUGGCUGCUUUGUUCUAUCUGCAAACCAAUUCUGCCGAAGGGAAGACUAUUUUCUUUCAACAGAAUGUGUUUCUGAAGGUUCAAAUGGCGAUAUAUCCCAGGAUAAAAUCGUAUGUGCUGGAGGUAGUGUUAUUAUAUCACCGUCAGGGACCAUUCUGGCCGGACCUAAUUACCAAGGGGAAUCCCUCAUCUCCGCUGAUCUAGAUCUUGGAGAGAUUGUUCAAGCAAAGCUAGAUUUUGGUGGAAUUGGGCAUCUCGUUGGACCAGACUCAGUCAAGUGGACUCCGGAUAAAAACAAUUCUAAUUUAUUAAGAACGCCCGUGAAAACAGAAGUCCCCAAUUUGCAGUAAUGGUGACUUUGCUUUGUAGAUCAUUGGAGUUUUGGAAGUAAUUCUCAUAGUCUUCCUUAAGCCGAAGUGGCUAAUAUCAGCUUCGUAUAUCACCUUGGGAUGUUAGAAGAUGUACGUACUGAGGUUGGAUAGCGGUCACGAUUUUUCAUGUACGUUUGAAGGAAUCACUCAGGAAUUGUAGUUGCAUCUUGGCCAAUUUUGGUUCUAGUAUAGUGGGGGUAGUUUUCCAUGUUUUCACAGUACACACGUAACACACACAAGCUCGAUGCUCUAGCUAGGUCCCAGUCUAGAUUGUACAAUGACAUUGCUUAAAGGGCCAAAAUUACGAUAUAUAUUAUAUAUAUGCCGUUCAAAGGUCUGAAAGAAA